AUGAAUGUCAAGCCGAUCCUGGACCGCUCUCAGCUGAUCCUGGACCGCUGCCCCGUCGACAGCGCGCGAUCGAAAGCCUGUUCCACUGAUGUCGUCGGCAAGGGCCCGUCGUCGCAGCGCACGGCUCAAAAGGGCCACCAGAAGGGCGGCGGCAAGGGGGGCAAGGGCAAGAAGGGCAAGAAGGGCCGUCACCAGCAGUACGACCUGAUCGUCACCAUCGACCUCGUGGAGUAUGGCCUGACUGAGGAGCUGGUAGCUGAGUUCAAGGAGGCGUUCAUGCUGCUGGACCGGGACGAGGACGGCGUCAUCAGCAUGCACGAGCUGGGAGUAGUGAUGAAGUCGCUCGGCCAGCGACCUACAGUGACGGAGCUGGAGCAGAUGGUCACCAAGGUCGACCAAGAAGGCAUCGGUCAGAUCGAGUUCAACGAGUUCUUGCAGAUGAUGGCACGGAAGAUGUCCGGCAUGGAGAGUGAAGACGAGCUGAAGGAGGCCUUCAGAGUCUUCGAUAAGGACGAUGAUGGAUUUUUGUCGGUGGCCGAGCUGAGGCACAUCAUGACGUCAAUGGGCGAGAAGAUGACCAAGAAUGAGGUCGAUGACAUGAUCUCGGAGGCAGACAAAGACGGAGACGGGAAAAUCAACUACCAGGAGUUUGUCCAGGUGUUGACCUGCGGCUCAUCGCGCGAGUAGGCGGAACGAGGAACGUGAGCCCACCUGCUCUCGCAGCUCGCUGCUCGCCCAGAAGUCCUCCUGUCAGAGGAGACGGCCCAAGUUAGGGGUCGCGUCGUUCCUUCGGCCGCGCGGCCUUACCGCGCGGUGCGGGAGGCAAUGGGUCGUCCCGCACAGCGCCUCCGGUGAACAGUGUACGCGUGAAUGUUUUGGAGCCACUGUACCCGAGCUGUACACUUUUGCGUGGCUGUGUGUGUGUGU